AUGAUUCUUUAUGCGGCAUUCCCAGAGGUGACAGUAAAGAUCGCUAAUGGUAACCUAUAUUCCCCCCCUCCUCCCCGCAACGCCCCCCAGCCUAUAGAUCGAGACUACCCAAGAGGCCGACCGACAUGGAUUUUAACAGUUUUCGCCCAGGAUGAGGGCGGGACGGGACUAGUCAGCUACAGCGAGGUCGUUGUCAAGGUCAAAGAUAUAAAUGACAACCCGCCAGUGUUCCCAGAGGUGCUAUAUUAUGGCAACAUCACGGAAAACGGCCCACGAGGUCAGGAGGUCAUGACCUUGAAAGCGGAGGACUACGACGACCCAAGAGAGGGCUUAAACGCCCAGAUGACCUACACUCUGAAGGACGUGGCCAUCGAGAGGAAAACUGAUAAGCCAGUCUUCAUAAUAGAGUCUGGGACGGGCAUUAUCAGGACAAAUAUGUGUUGUCUGGACAGAGAGGAGACCCAAGGUUAUCUGGUGCAGGUGGUAGCGACAGACGGUGGAGGAUUCACAGGAACAGGUACAGCAAGCAUCCUCGUUCUGGAUGUGAAUGACACUCCCCCUAAAUUCUCCAAAGAUGAGUGGGUCGUGGAGACUGAUGAAACUGGCGAAUUAAUUACGCCCAUAGGUCCUAUACUAACUGUGUCUGCUUCUGAUAUGGAUGAGAUCAAUGAUUUCAGUUACAGAAUCUUAGUCUCAUCAGGCUUUGGCUCAGACAAGUUCGCUAUGAAAACAAAUAGAGACGGGACAGGUUCGCUCAUGAUUGCUAAACCUUUAGAUUUCGAGGAUCCUACUCAGGUUUAUGGCUUCAAGUUCCAGAUAGAAGUCAGUGACACAGGUGAGGAAGGCUUCCACGAUACCCGUCAUACAGCCAAAGCCUGGGUCCGAGUGAGGUUAAAAGACGUUAACGACAAUGAACCCCAGUUCAUCAACCCUAUAUCAGAGGUUCAGGCAUAUGAGAAUACCCCAGUUGGUAAAACCCUUGUAAUUCUGUCUGCGUCAGAUAUUGAUAACAGUGGUCACAGCAAAGUGGUCUAUUCAAUAGAACGCCGCUCGAACAAAAACAAACAUUUCCGCAUCGAUAACUCGGGAUCUGUGAUUGUUCAGAGAACACUUGACAGGGAAACUGAACCAUAUCAUUUACUUCAGGUCUUGGCAACUGACGAUGGUAUUCCUGCAAGGACGGGCACUACCACGCUGACAGUCUUUGUGUUGGAUAUCAAUGAUAACGCCCCACAGAUCCUUGACUAUUACUACCCUGUUUUACAAGAGAAUCGUCCCCCGGGGGAAUUCGCUGAAAUUCGUGCCGUAGAUUUUGACGACCCGUUAAAAGGUAAUGGUCCGCCAUUUGAGUUCAAACUUAGUCCUCUUGCUCCCGAUGACAUUAAGUCUUCUUUCGGAGUCGUGAAUUCCCGAAGUGAAACAAAUGGUGAGAAUGCAGCGAAGAUUGUCUCUCACAGGACAUUUGAUCGCGAGAUGCAGAAGGAAUACCGUGUUCCCAUCGUUGUCAAAGACUCGGGAGUGCCCCCAAUGUCAGGCACUUCAACUUUGACUGUGCUUAUUGGUGAUGAAAACGAUAACGAAGUAGAAAGUGGGAAAAAAGAUAUUCUCUUUUACAGUUAUAAAGGUAGGGCUCUGGAUACCCAGAUUGGUCGUGUUUAUGUACGUGACCCUGACGAUUGGGACAAAGCAGAUAAAAGGUUCACGUGGGCAACAAACCCUCAUCCAAACUUUCAACUAGAUGAGGACACAGGUAUGAUUACCAUGAAACAAGCUGCCAGUGAAACGUCAUAUAAUCUCCAGUUCAUUGUGCACGACACUAAAUUUCAGUCGAGAGCAGAAGGUGCUGUUACUGUGAAAGUGAGACAUGUGUCUGAGACAGCUGUCAAAAAUUCUGGUUCAGUUCGUAUUGAAGCUAUUAGCGGUGAAGAUUUUAUAAGCGAGUGGGAUUACAGAACUAAGACACCCAAGAAAAGUAUAGCAUACAAGUUCAAGGAAAAAUUAGCAAAGAUAUUUGAAGUGAAUUCUUACAACAUAGACUUUUUCAGCAUAAUGUCAAGAUUAGUGAAACCACCAGUAACUGAUAUUUUCUUUUCCAUUUUUGAUUCUUGGUAUUUCAAUUCCUUUAAAGUGAAUGGUUUGCUGUUGUUCCACAAAGACGAGAUAGAGAGAGAUCUUGGAUUAAGCAUUGUCAUGGUUGGCAUAGAUGAAUGUUUGUAUGAAAACUUACACUGUGAUGGGUCAUGCACUAGUAAAAUUGAGGUGGUUCAGCCCCAGUAUCUAAUAGAUGCCAACAGAACUGCAUUUACUGGAGUCCAAAUAAAAAUGAUACCUGAGUGCGUGUGUGGUACAAAUUUACCUGUAAAAAACUCGUGCCAGCCAAAUCCGUGUUUUAACAAUGGCCGUUGCGUGCAAAAAGGGUCCAAUGUAGACUGUCUGUGCCCUGAAGGGUACAAUGGUCCAAGAUGCCAAAGUCUAGUGAGGAAUUUUCAGGGAAAUGGAUUUGCAUGGUUCCCACCAUUACGAACUUGCGAAACAUCUCACUUGAGUGUAGAAUUUAUGUCAACACAAAAUGAAGGGCUCUUGUUAUACAAUGGCCCACUCACUUUCUAUGGGGAUAAACCACAUCCAUGGACAGACCUGAUAUCCCUGGAACUUGUUAAUGGUAGACUCCAGUUCCUGGUUGAUUUUGGAUCAGGAUUGCUUCAGCUUCAAGUUAAUGGAACUGAACCAUUAACAGAUGGUGGGUGGCACAGAGUAGAUGUCUUCUGGGAGAGAGAGAUUGCCAAGAUAAUUAUAGAUCAGUGUAAGAACGCGAAGGUCUACGGAAUAGGAGACAAAGCAGAGAAAUUUGUGGAUCUAUCCACUUGCCAAGGCCAUGGUAAACUUCCACCAUUCAACGAGUUAUUAAAUGUUAACAGUCCUUUGCAGGUGGGUGGUCUAGCUCGGCCACUUUACCCCCACAGUCCUAAGCUUGGCCAAAGCCUUAUUAGGGGGAAACCAUUUCAAGGCUGUAUCAGAAACCUUCGAAUGAACAGCCACUUCUAUGACUUAUCCCGUCCUAGUCUUCAUAAGAAUAGUGAAAUGGGAUGUCUCCGCUUUGACAAGUUAUGCAACCGCAACGCUACGAUCGUCGGGUGUGGACCCCAUGGACAAUGUGAUGGUUCCAAAGCUGAGCCUUUUUGUCAUUGUAAUCCUGGCUGGAAAGGACCCUACUGUAAUGAGCCAACUGUCCCUGCAUAUUUCAAAGCCGAAUCAUUCGCUAAAUAUGGUUUGUCUUUCAAUAUAAACCCAUUCAGGAUUGAUAUACAAUUGAGGUUUAGAACCUGGGAAAGAAACGGUGAGCUUUUUAGGCUGUCGAAUGAAAUAAAUAACUUGUAUGUAAUUAUGGAGAUUAAAGAAAGUCACUUACAGUUUCGUUACAACUUGAAUAGCAUCAAACCAGAUGAACAUUACUUGUGCCUUCCAGCACUGGCUGUCAACAAUGGUGAGUGGCAUGUUGCCCAAUUAGAACGAUUUGGUCCAACAGUUGUUCUCUCUCUGGAUGGUGGAGAGGGUCACAGGUACAAUGAAUCCUCUUCCACUUCGAGGCAUUUGCUUCUGGAUGUAGACGAGCUCAAUGGGAUUUAUGUGGGUGGCAAGGCUGACUACACCAGUGCCAACAUCUUCAUUGUGCAGAACGAUUACAAAUCUGGUUGCAUAGAUGAUCUUCGACUAGACGGUAGAACGCUGCCUUUGCCUCCUGGACUCACUGGUAACCAGUGGGCACAAACUACGGUUUUCAACAACAUUGUCUCACAUUGUGCUUCACACAAUCAGUGCCUUAAUAUAACGUGUAUUGCCCCUCUGACUUGCAAGGAACUGUGGAAGCAACAUGAGUGUAGUUGCCCAGAUGGAACCCAACUCUCCAAGGAUCACAACGCCUGUCUCGAUAAAGAUGAGUGUCUCUCCAGCCCGUGUAGAAACGGCGGUACCUGCCGUAACCAGCACUCGUCUUACAAGUGCUAUUGUCCCGGUGGAUACAUCGGCAUCAACUGUGAGAGGAUCGCGGAUGCUGACAAGACGCGGUGGAAUCUGCCAGCUUAUGCUGCGAUCGUAGUUUGCGUCAUAGUCGUCCUGGCGCUGGUGGUUCUGUGUCUGUUCUAUCUCCGUCGCAAGCGCCCUCGGUUGCCCAAGAACGAAAGAAACACGAUGCAAUUUGAGACGGAUUUGAGAGUCGGCGAACAACGUCGAGCAGGAGAAGUAACCACACUAGAUUUGACAGCUUUAAAUUUCCACACUGUCUCGACUCUGUCUAAUGGCGGCAGUUUGAAUUCAAAAGAUACGUCAAUCAGUAGUGGUAUAGAGAACGUUGACGUCAUCGUGUGCAACCCAGAGAGACUGAGGUCCUUCAGUCAAGAGGAUCCUCCCCCUGACUGGACUGACAUUCCUGCCUUUGCAAUCGAAAGAGGAGACACUUUUCAAAGAGGGUCACUACAGCGAACAAAAUUUUGACCACCAAACAAGUCUACGUCAGUUUUCCUUUAAUGGAUAAAUACAAACUCUGAAUUUGGUUGAAAAGGGCUGGAAUAUCAACCCUUAAUUUUUCCAAGGAUUGGAAAAACACAGUUAAGUAUUCAUUAUUUUGUUCGAAUUUAAGAUUUUACGUGAACUAGUAACUUUCAGGUUAUAGGUUUUUUAUUCGAAAUGUGUUGAAAAAGAUCGUUGUCUUAAAAGUGCCUAUUUUAGUUACAUAUUUCUGAAGAUGGUUUUUUUUUCCUUAAAUUUGUAAUGUGUUGAAAAAUAAUGUAUUCUAUAAUUACCACGAUUAGUUCCACAUUUCUCCCUUCUCCAUAUAUUAUGCUUUUCAGGUUAUUUUUUUAUUAAUUCUAAUAAUCUAUUGAGCUCUAUCUUCAAAUGCACGUGAACAAACAUAGCAUAAUAAGUGUAAAUAAUACCUAUGGUUGUCGUGUCACUGACUGAAUUAAAAUCUUAUUAAAAAGGUGAGUAUAUGUAUUGACGUGGAGCACUUGUAUAUUUUUAUGGACCAAAGUAUUAUAUGAAUUAGAAGUACGUAGUUUUACGCCAGUUAUCUUGUACUUUAAUAUUAUUAUUAUUAUUAUUAUUAUUAUUAUUAUUAUUAUUAUUAUUAUUAUUAU